CCUUGAUUCCAUCUGCCUUGAUUCCAUCUGCCCAUGGGGAACCGACUAUCCUCUCCGACAGCUGCAUAUCCUCUCCGACAGCUGCACGACCCCAACCACACGCUCAGCCAUCGUGGUGUAGCACAACCUGCAUGACUGUCCAAGGCAAUUGGCUCCCGCUGCCGGGAUGCAGAUCCUACCCCACCACUCUUCCCAAACACCGUCUAAGGCAGACUCGGUCAUAUGUAGAGUAGCUUUUCCCCUCCGACCUGGAUCGGUUCCUGCCGCCACUGCAUGGUUGACGGCUUCACCCUCUUUGGCGUCCGAUAGAUCUGCAACGGCCUCAAAAACUCGCCUUUCGGCCUCUACGAGAAUCGCUUCCUGAAUUUCCCACAAGUACCCCCGGCCCAUGCUCGGGGAAGAAAUAGUCACAAUGGCCAUGGGACCCACCGAUAUCAUCGCAAUCGUGUCCUUGAGUUGGAAGCUGUAUCACGACUGCCUGUUGGUCGCAUACGAAGCUCCGGACUCCUUCAGGCAACUCGUAAACGAGCUUCAGUCACUCCAGGGAACUUUGCGGUUGCUCCGGGCAAAUGUGGAGGCCGACAAUGCUUUCUUGGAUAAAGCAUCCGCAGAACGCCAAGCGACACUGCAGAGUGGAAUCGAAGGUUGUUGGGAAACGCUGAAGUCACUCGAACGGCUCACCGUCGGCUUCUACAAUUUCAGGAGAAGUGGCUCUUUGCAACUUAUCAAGCGGAUAAAGUGGGCAUAUCACCAGAGCCAGAUCGAGGGCUACCGAGCACGCAUCAUGGCGCAUACGUGCACUCUCUCGUUGACCAUGUCGGCCAUGGGAAACGCCACUCUGUUGAACAUCCAGCAGAGGCUCGACAUAGCCCUGUCACCGCAUCGGCUCCAAGACCUCGAACGUGAGCAGAUAACAUAUGAACCGGAAACUCCAUCCGCGAGCGACGAUGAUUCCUCCUCUUCGAUGCCAUCGCCUCCAGGGCCAAGUCUACCGCGGGGAAGCAUAGACACCGAUGCAACUUUAUUCGACCCAGACAAAAGCCGCAGUCCUAGUUUUGCAUCCUCUUCCAAGGCUGGAAUUCUAGGUCCAAUCUCCCCAGCAGCAUCGGAUUCGGGUAUCAGGAGCACGUUAGCUGGGGGGCACCGGCUCGGGAAUGAUCCCUCGGACCUAGGCCAAGUUGUAGCCGACGCAAAUGCUCUACUGAAAUGCAUACCCCAAGAGCUGCCGGAGAGCAAGCGGCCGACAACUCCGCCUCUAGUCGAUCCUCCAUAUCCGGAAUACGUGGUCGACCAGGAAACAGCUCAGCGGUUUCGGACGGCUGCUUCGUCUCAGAAUUCUAGAGCAGUCAGCGUGACUGAUUGGCUGCGAUGUGCUGGUUGGUGGUUAUUGAAGAGCAGAACCAUGUUUUCGGCAUAUGAGCGGGAUUUUCGUGAAGGGAGCCCUUAUUCCUCUCUCCGUGGGGCUAGUAUCACACCGGCACCAAUAAACCAGGAGAGAAAUGAAGUAUCUUUAUUACUGGCGUUGGACAAUAUGAGAAAGGUUUCAUGGAUUGUUUACGAGGUCGUGCUGAAGGACGAAGCGAUAGCAUCAUCACUCACAGACCACAACCUCAAGCUCUUCUUAGAUCUCAUCCAUGCGAUACAUCACGAUUUCCCUACCCUCCUUAGGGCCGAGGCACUGAUUGCACAACCGGAGGACAUAAGGAUGCCACUUCAUACGACGAUCUGGGAACGUUCUUAUGUCAUCGAUCGCAAAAUCGCCAAUGGCGUCUUACUAAGACAAGAUUGCGGUGAUCAUUCGCGGUGGACUGCCGUUGAAAUCAAGGAUACAGGUGCAUGUGGCGCAGGGGAACAUAUGCUCUUCCGAACAUUUGUUAACGCAGCCAUUGGAGAAAAUGAGUAUCGAGUGAGGAGUAUGGGUGCACCGUAUCUACUCGUUCUCUGGUGCCGAGACGGGGAAAGCGAUUUCAAGGUCACUAUAUGCAGCCAGCAAGGCGUAUUGCACUUAUCGCGUGACUUGACCAGGGAAUGCCUUUCGAGGACCGAAACUCGUGGGGUCAGACUGCCGCUGAAGCCGACACUGGAGCUUUUGUUUCCAGGCCCCAUGCCCGCUGCGAUCGAAUUUCUCAACGAAGGAGAUUUCGAAGAGUUCUUGAGAAUCCCUAUACAGUACUUCGAGGCUGUUACGCAGGAACGUGAAGAAAACUCAGACAAUGAGAGGUUACUAGAACCUCCUAUUGUGCUCGAAUCUAUGGCACAUGUCACACCCACCGAUACUCGAGUCCGAGUGCCCACCCAUAUGUUCUGCGAAGUGCGCAUUCUCGAGACCUCGGAAGGAGGUUGGCGGCGGACCAGACGACUGGUGUUCACAAGCUCGCCCAAAGAACAGCCACCGCAGUGCAAAAGCUACUUUCUUCCGUUGGACCGUGUCUACGUGAUGCAUGAGACCGGAUCCAAAAAACUCAUCCUCAAGUACUCCGACUGCAAUCAAAGUCGCUUGAUAAAGCAGCCGGAUAAAACACACAAAUGGAACAGAGAAUACGACCCGAACGAUCCCAAUAUAUGCUUGAGCUUGUCUUUUCUCUCACCGGCCGACGCCCACGACUUUAAGCAGAAAGUUCUCAAUUACUCCCUAGAUCCGUUGUGGCAAUCCGGCGACGGCGAACGCCAGGUAUACUCCGUCUUCAAAGUAACGGGGAUCGGUCAGAAGGACUACAAAUGUCGUGCCCUGCAAACGAUCUCAACGACUGGCGACGGCUGGACCUUCGCAUCCAUCUUCUACGUCCCCAAGACUAUCGAUUUUACGCUAGAACCCGGCCGCGGCCUCACUGCGCACUUCGAUCCGAAAUCAACGUUCGUGACGGAUUACAUAUCCAACCACACGAUGCAGUAUUGCGACAUGAGGGCGCCGCUGGCCGCAAAGUUCCACCACUGCGAGAAGCGGCAUCUGGCGCUGGACAUAUCGUUCAGGGAGUUUUCGGUGGCGCAGCAACUCUUCCAAUCGUUGACCUCGGGCUGGCUGCUCAAGUACGCAAGCAACGUAAUCCGUGUUAAAUACGAGCCCACCACCCUCCAAAGCCGGUUCAACCGUAAACCCCGCGGUCCCAAAGCCGCCGCGAACAUUUCGGUGUGGCAGAAAGACCCGGGGAAGAAGCAGCUUCUUGUGCGCUGGCACGGCGUGAAUACGGGAGGGGACCACUGGUUAUCCGCCGCAUUACCCGCAUCACCAACAAUGAACCAGCCACAAAAACCCGGCUCGGAAAAGGCCGUGGUGCUCAGUAUCGACACCGCCCGCGGGACGAGCAUAAACCUGGGUGCUAUGGCGGCUGUUGAAGCUACUAACACUGGCGGUGGUGGUAAGGAGAAGGAGGGCGCUGAGAUCGAGGGGCUGAUCACCAUUCAGUUCGAGACUUGUAGAGAGAAGGAGAAAUUCGCGGAAGCGUCGGGGUUGGUUUGUCCUUGAGUGAUGGCCCAUAGGGUAGGCGGGCGGGUCUCUGGAUGGUCGUGCGUAAGUACUUGUGAUUGAUAUUGAGGUGGUGCGGCGGGAGAGUACUGGAAUGGCGUGGGACGCUGGAGUUUGGGGGACUUUAACGAUAUGGUGGGUGGAUGUUUGGCGUUAAAGUUUUGUGGGGUACCUGGUUUUGGGGAAUGGGGUGUGAGGAUGGAAUGUUUUAGGUUGUGGCCCCAAUAACCGCGACGUAAUAUACGGAUCACACGAUGAUAUCCAAUUUUAUGUUCUGCACAUUGCACUC